AUGGAUGGUAACAGAGAUUGCAUAGGACCUGUUCAUCAGGGUCCACAUGUCUGGAAAAAAACGCCUCCUGGUGUAGUUAAAUGCAAUGUUGGAUCGUCAUGGUCUAACAUAUCCAAGAGAGGAGGUGCUUCUUGGAUUGUAAGGAAUGAAUUUGGUAAUGUCUUGUGGCAUGGUCGAUGCUCCUUCUCAAAUAUAGCUUCUCAGGUCAAUGCUGAUCUACAUGCCCUCUCUUGGGCUACAGAGGCUAUGGUUCAUCCAAAAAUGAGGAAAGUUCUCUUUGAAUCCUCUUCGAAGGUGUCGUGUGAGGCUUUGGGCAUACCAUGGGCGUUUCCGGAUCACAGGAUUUUGCUCAAUCAGGUGUUGAAUCGCAGGCUUCUCUUUGAGUUAUGCCAGUUCAAUCUUGUCCCUUUGGGAUGCAAUUCUCCAUUGGGAUGCAAUUAUCCAGCAACAGAGAUUGCAGUAAGCGUCACAAGGGAUGAGAGACCCCAAUCGUACGUUUCAACCAAUGGACCCUCCUGGUUAGCAUCACAACUUCGUGUUGAUGCAGUUAACGCGGGGUGUUUAAUUCUUAGCGAAGAAUGGUCCUCCCAUCUCAGUUAA